GACUGCCAGGGUGCAGGGAAAGAGGCUUGACUGAAGCCACGCACCAUUGCUAUCACUCACUUUUGGUGUCAGCUGCCUAGCUCAAUGAGAUCCCCCCUCAGGUGCUCCUAAAGCCCUGAUAGGCUUACUGUAAGGCAGAUCAAGGACGACCCGAUAGUGUCACAAUGCAGGCCCCUCCCCUUACUCAGGUAAGAACCAGGAAGUGCCAGGUACAGAGGUGGAACUGAAAGAGAAAAUGCCAGUUUGUAGAUAGCAGUCAGUUGGGAUUUUAAGAUUUUGCUUGUUUCAAAGUCCAGGAACACCUGCCCAGUCUCAGACCAUGAACUAUGUGGGGCACCUGGCGGAGACGGUGUUUGUUACCGUGAAGGAGCUGUACAAGGGCCUGAACCCAGCCACCCUGACGGGAUGCAUCGACAUUAUUGUGGUGAGGCAGCCGGAUGGCUCUUUCCAGUGUUCGCCUUUCCAUGUGCGCUUUGGGAAGCUGGGUGUGCUGCGCUCCAAGGAGAAGGUGGUUGACAUAGAAAUCAAUGGAGAACCUGUGGACUUACACAUGAAGCUGGGAGACAAUGGAGAGGCAUUCUUUGUCCAGCAAUCAGAGGAGAAUGAGGGAAACAUCCCCUCCUGUCUCUGCACUUCACCCAUCCCACUGGAAGAAAGCCCAGAGCAUACAGCUGGAUCAUCUCAGGAGCCUGGAGUUUCUAAACUCAGUCUGUCUGGAGAAACAGAAACAUCAACUUCCAACAUGACCCUUCGUAAGAAAAGGCGGCGCAAGAAGAAGCCGAAGCGGAAGGAGGCAGCAGACUCCACUCCGGAAGAGCAGGAAGGAACGGAGAGUGAAAGGUCUCUUGAGGAAAAGCACAAACAGCUGACUCCUUCUGAGUCAGUUUAUUUCUCCUUCACUGACCUGCCAGAAGAGGAGAUUGGGCCCUCACUAUCCAAAGAGAUCUACCCUUAUUCUGAUGGGGAGCUGGCUUCACUGGAGAGCCUCUCCCCAAGCCAUGCAGCUUCUCCUAAAAGUGACUCUGAACUGGAGAUUAAGCCUACUGAGCCAUCCCCUCUUGGAGCUGAGUCUCACAUGCAGUGGACCUGGGGGAGGCUCCCUCAGGUGAGUAAAUCGGAGCGAGUUGAACCAGUGAAGUCCACAGCAUUUGUCACUACAACAGCGACUGUUGCCACGACGACACCCAUCCCAGUGGGUGAGACAACCCAUUUCCUAGCCAUCACGGCGGGUUUGGAAGGUGACUUGGUCACAGCGGAUUCUCAGGGCAUGCCCGGUUCCUGUACCACACCUGUAAUUAGGCCAACACCUGUCUUCCAAAAUGGAAAUGGCCUCCCUAUGCUGAAGGACUUCCACCCUGUGACCGAGUCUACAGACACAGCAGAGAGUUCUCUGGAGGCCUCCCCCACCCUGGCAGAGGAACAGGGAGCAAAGCAGCAGCCAGAGGCAGGGGCUGCAGAAGAAGGAGGAGAAGAGACCCUGGAGGCCACAACUGAGCAAGUCCUGCAGCUGGAUCCUUCUGGUGUUCAAGAGGCACCUGCCAUGAGGCCAACAAAAUUGGAGAGCACCCAGCCUGGUGACAACCUGGAAACCAAACUGGAAAACCAAAGGAGGCAGGGCUCCACGAAAAGAAGUCAUCAUCUGGGUCCCAGUGACAUCUACCUGGACGAUCUCACCAACCUGGAAGAAGACCAGGUGGCACUUUAUUUCCCUAAAAGUGAUAUGGAACUGAGCCCAAAGCCCUUGACCGAUCCUGGAAGCCUCUGCAGCACCCAGCUGCCAGCUGGAACUGCGAUUGACAGCGGCACAGAGAACUUGUCAGACUCCACCUAUGAAGGGACGUCCCCUGUUGCACUAUCUCUGUGUGGAGGUCUUGGGGACAACAGGGAGAUCUCCCAUGAGAAGUUCAUGGAGCACAUCAUCUCAUACCAGGAGUUUGCUAAGAACCCAGGAGUCCUCGAUGACCCCAACCUGGUGAUACUGAUCCACAAGAAGUAUUAUAAUUGGGCAGUGGCUGCUCCUAUGAUCCUCUCUUUACAGGCAUUCCAGAAGAACAUUCCCAAGAGCACCGUUGAUCAGCUGAUGAAGGAGAAGAUGCCCAAGAAGAGUGGCAGGUGGUGGUUUUCUUGGAGGAGGAGAGAGUUCCCUAGUAAGGAGCAUGAACCCAGUGCAGAACAUGCCAGUACAGAAGCGCUGCAGCAGGGCUCCACUCCACAGAGACAGACUAAGGAGCCUUCAUCCAGUGACGAAGAACCUGCAUCCCCAGGGACUGUUUUGAUAACAGAUGCCACAGCACAGAAAUAUCUUCCCACCUAUAAGAAAUCUCUGAGACUGUCUUCAGAUCAAAUUAAGAGGCUGAAUCUGCGGGAUGGCCCCAACGAGGUGAUGUUUAGCAUCACCACCCAAUACCAGGGCACAUGUCGCUGUGAGGCCACCAUCUACUUGUGGAAAUGGGAUGACAAGGUGGUGAUCUCGGAUAUUGAUGGGACCAUCACCAAGUCUGAUGCUCUGGGUCACAUUUUGCCACAUCUGGGAAAAGACUGGACUCACCAUGGGAUUGCCAAACUCUAUCACAAAAUCCAUUUGAAUGGCUAUAAGUUCCUCUACUGUUCAGCCAGGGCCAUUGGCAUGGCGCACAUCACCAAAGGGUACCUGAAAUGGGUCAACGACCAGGGCUGUGCCCUCCCAAAGGGCCCCAUCCUGCUGGCCCCCAGCAGCCUCUUCUCAGCUCUUCACAGGGAGGUGAUUGAGAAAAAGCCAGAGGUGUUCAAAAUUGCCUGCUUGACAGACAUUCGGAACCUUUUUGGCUCUGCACAGCAGCCCUUUCAUGCUGCCUUUGGGAACAGAGUUAACGAUGUCUAUGCCUACAAGCAAGUGGGGCUGCCAGAGUCUCGUAUAUUCACUGUGAAUCCCAAGGGGGAGCUGAUCCAGGAGCUCACCAAGAACCAUAAGUCCACGUAUGAACGACUGACUGAGCUGGUAGAACUGAUCUUCCCCCCUCUAGGUCAGAAAGGGAGCUUUGCUUUGUCUUGGCCAGAGUACAGCCACUUUGCCUACUGGAGGAGUCCACUGCCUGCCAUUGACUUGGAAGACUUCUCUUGACCCACUUACUAAUGGAGACCUGAAGGAAACCUUUCCUGGAAGGAUAGUCACUUGCUGGACCCCAACAAAGCAUUUACCCAUUCCUUCUGCCUAUUCUGCUACUGAGGCAUUUCUCGUUUAUUGUAUGUUGUGGACUGUAAACCCUGUGUGAAAGGGCAAAAUGGAGGGGUGGGGGUGAGGAGGGAAGACAUGGCUUGAAGAAAAAAUAUUUGCUGGGGAUGGAAUGUGUUGUCUUAUAAACCAGAGACUUUCUCCAGGUUCUUAAUAAGUUUGAAAUGAUUUGUUGUUGCUUUUAAGGGUGGUGGCUCACUGAGGAUCUUCACUCCAGAUGCUGCUAGCUCCACUUCUGGGGAUCCCAGGCAGUCCUGAUACCUACAAUACAGCUGUCUGGGGGCAAGGGGGGGAGGAUGGUGAUGGUCUCUGUUAUGUACCCAGCUGUCUGUGAGCAUUCAGAGCUUUGCACAGCUGUGAUGUGGCUUAAUUGCUCAGUAACUUGUCUAGGAGGCUGCAGACCAUCCAGAACAGACUGUCAGUGAAUAACCACAUUCAGCCUAAUAGUAUCAAUAAAUAGUGCCUUAAAGUUC